AUGAAAUCACACCAAGGCCAUCAGAAGAAGCGUCGGAUGAGAGAGAUGGGCUUCUCAACGCUCCUUCUGGGGGCUUCGCUGUUGCUUCCCGUGUCCGUCUCCGCCUCAGCGCCUCCAUCUAUAUACUCCCGUCCUUACGAUUCGUCUCCUUUUCUCUCGCCUCAGAUCCCCUUAGAGGACCUCUCCUCGUUAUCUGGAACACAUGAAUUUACACUGCGUCACAUCUUCCACCGCGGAACUUAUCAGCACCCUGACCUUCACCGACGAUUAGAUAUCCAACCCCACACUCAACUUUGGGUCCUGUCUGAAGAUGGUACUGAUAAGGAAGCCGCUGAAUUCGACACUCCACUGAUCGCUUCAUCCCAUCCCGUCACCAUCCAGCGACUUGCCGAUCGACGCCCUUCGGUCAUUGAGGAACACUUGCUUGCUGCGAGGAUGAGCGGAUCGGCAUCUGUGCUGUCGGAGUCCGACUGGGUUAUGGAUACUUUGGCUGGGCCUGAUGUCACCGACAAGAAUAGCGUUCUGACUUUCGCAAAAAUGACGGCAAACGACUACAUCCAGGAGCCCGACACCGAGGAUUGGCAGGAUAUCCACGGUCGAUUCAAUUAUUCAUCGAGUUUCGGUUGGCAGACGGAUGGUCUAAGAGGUCAUAUUUAUGCGGACAAGACGAAUAGCACUAUUGUCAUAUCCUUGAAAGGAACUUCGCCGGCACUCUUUGAUGGCGCUGGAACAACCACGAAUGACAAGUUGAACGACAACCUGUAUUUCAGCUGUUGUUGCGGGCAAGGAGGCUCGUACUUGUGGCGUCAAGUCUGCGACUGCCAGAAAUCGGCAUUCACUGCCAAUUUGACCUGCAUAAUUGAAGCUAUGAACGAUGAGAACCGCUAUUACCGUGCUGCCCUCGACCUAUACUCGAACGUCACAGAGCUAUACCCGGAUGCAAAUGUGUGGUUGACAGGUCAUUCUUUGGGCGGCGCAAUGACCAGUUUGCUCGGCCUGACAUAUGGCCUACCGGCAGUGACCUUUGAGGCAGUUCCCGAAGCUCUCCCUGCAGCCCGGCUGGGUCUCCCGAGUCCUCCAGGCCAUGAUCCAAGAUUGCCUCAAUCGCGCCGAUACACAGGUGCCUACCAUUUUGGGCACACAGCGGAUCCUGUCUACAUGGGGACCUGCAAUGGAGUGAGCUCCGUCUGCACCUGGGGCGGGUAUGCGAUGGAGUCUGCGUGCCACACUGGCCAAAUGUGUGUAUAUGACACUGUGGAUGACAAGGGCUGGCGUGUGGCAAUUGGGACGCACCGUAUCAAAGCCGUAAUAAGCGAUGUCCUUGAGGUCUACGACGAUGUGCCCCAAUGUGCCCCGGAGGAAGAAUGUUACGAUUGCGAACUGUGGAAGUUCUUUCGCAGCAACGGCUCUGAGCACACCACCACGACCACGACGACAACGACAACGACUACAACUCCCCCUUCAACAAGUACCUCAACUUGCAAGACUCCCGGUUGGUGGGGCUGCCUUGACGAAAGCACUACGACAACUGCCACCAGUACGAGCACUACUAGCACGUCGACGACCACAUGCAAAACCCCUGGCUGGUUUGGCUGCAAAGACCCCACGACAAGUACAACUGCGACACCGGAACCAUCCCUCACCACAACCUUACCUCUCAUGACCUCCACGACUUGUGCUCAUCCUGGAUGGUUUGGAUGUCGCGAUCCUACCAGCCCUACGUCGACGCCUACCCAAACGCCUCCGCCAGGUGACACAACCUCGUGCGAGAGUCCGGGCUUUUUCUGGGGCUGUUGGGAUCCCAAAACUACCAGUGACCACCCUAUUACCACGCCGCCCUAA